AUGGAAAUGCAAGAAUUAGGAAGCCAUGAUGAAUCAGUCAUCGAACAUGAGCGAAACGCAAAAAACAUGUUCUGCUCCCUCAUCAAGGACUUUUGUGACUACACAUCUGCGCAUGGCCUGGGGAGGAUAAUGGCGGCGACACACUGGGUGCGAAAAGUACUCUGGAUCAUGCUCCUCUUGGUUGCGAUGACGAUUAUGACGAUUCAAGUGAACGUUUUGUACCAAAAAUACCAAAGCCGGCCUCUGACUACCUUGGUCACAGUUGAAACAGCCUCGGUAUACCAUUUUCAAUCUAUUUUACAAAAUUUUCAAUAUUAUUUCAUUAAAUGUAAGAAUGGGAUUUCAAAGGGACACUGGAAGACAAUCGUAAAAAUUAUAUCAAGCAUGCACGAAAUACGAUACAAUACGAGCCACUAUGAUUCCACGCUCUGAGGAUCAGAAGUCCAAACACAGACAGCACUCUCAAUGCUAUAUCUUCCAUUUUAUUUCAUAAUGAAAGAGGCAGGAGUGCAAACGUUUCUCUUUCAACAAAAAACGGCUCUGGCGAAAAAAAGUGAUUGUCUUUUUGCCAAGACCUCUUUAAAGCGCCUCCCCUCGGUACAAAGGUUAUCAAAAUAUCGCCUCUUCCUCUGUAGUGUUCAUAAAUCUUUUUUAAAAUAUGCUCUCGCCUACGUUCGCGUUAUCAGUUUACGGUCUCAAAUUGAUUAUUAAAACAUGUCUCAACUUUCCCACAAUUAAUUUCAUAUUUUGCAGAGCCUCCCAUUUCCAGUUGUUACGUUCUGCAACUUCAAUGCUCUCAAAAAUGAUUCUAUACAAGCUGCUAAAGAAGAUGGAAUGGAUAUUUUCAAAAACCUCUUCACAAGUGAACUUGGUAAUGCUGACAGAUAAUAUAAUUGUUUAGGAAGUUAUAGUUCCGCAAAUAAGCAGGCACAAAUCCCAGUACCUUUUAAGUCUACUUUUUGAAUACCUCAGUCACGAGAAUCUACUGAUUUUCUGAAUUCUACCGGAGUAUGUUUCUUUCCGACUUGUAGUUUAACACAUGUUGAAUUAAUCGCAUUGUAACAUAAUGAACGACGUAGAGACAUUAUUGGCGGACAUGGGUAUACAUUUCUGACUGAUGUUUUUUAUCGUGUUUAUCUGCCGCUGAUUCAGCUAAAAACAUCUCAAGUAGCCAGAGAAGACGACGAUCAAAUGAUCCUGCUCCAACUCUAGAAAGCCUCGCUGAUCAGGAAGGUUCAAGUUAUGAUUCUGAUGACGAUGAUGACGGGAACUUUUCUUGGGAUGACGACGAAGAGUUUCAAGAUCCAUUUAAGAAAGACCCAACCUUUUUAAAAAAUGAGCAGCUAGCGGUUCUUAUGGCUAAGGAAGAUCUUAGACUUUUAAGCGUGAUAGGUCACCAAUUUGACGAUAUGGUUUUGUCCUGCACUUACAGGGGUGUUCCAUGCAAGUAAGUUGUACGUUAGCUGUUUUCGCUUACGUUAAAGAGCAAUUUGCAAUUGAGUUUCGAAAGCCAUCCUGGAUUGCUGGUUCAGUUUAUUUCACUUCGCCCCGUGAUUGGUCUAGAAAAUUGACGCCAUUAUCUUAACCAAUCAAGAUAAUCAAAUACAAAGCUAAUACCAGUCCCAACUUGACCGCUUACUUUUUCCCGCGCCACUAGCAGGUCACCAUUGGUAAAUGAUGACUUCGACCUUUGUUCUGAGAGGUAGUUGUGUUCAAUUUGGUUUUUGUUUUUCGACAGUCAACUGAAAAUUUCCCUAAUAUCAUUUUCGUAAUAGAAGACUUUGAUAUUGGCAAAACGUUCGAGAACUUCAAAAAGAUAUUUAGCCUAGAACUAUUACGCAUAUUCUUCUACCUACAUUUCGAACUUCAGAAAAAUUGUUUCAGUUAAGUUCUUCAAGGCAAAAAUGAUUUUACCAAUCCUCAGAGCAAAACUAACAGGCAGAGAAGGCAAAACGCAGUUUGCACUCUGACCAAAUAAGAUUCACAUUACCCCUUUUGUUUCAGGAAUUUCUCUUCUGUUUUUUGGAAUAAGUUUUGGCAUUAUAAGUAUGGCAACUGUUUCGUGUUUAACAGUGGAAAAACGAAAUCAGGGAAGGACGCACCCAUCCUAAAAUCCAACAAACCAGGACCAUCUCAUGGUAACUUCAAGUCAAUGAUUUCCUUAUCUCCUUAUCUAUAUGGUACCAUCUGGUUCCAACCUGUACAUUUACGCAAGAAGUAAACCAACUGAGGAGGAUUCAAGCUGUCAUAUUUGAUUCACGAAGACAGCACGGAAGCGAGGAGUGAAAACGAAUUAUUUGAGGGAACCUUAAAAAUUGAUUGACUAUCAUUUUCUCUCAUUAAUGCCUUAACGACAUUGGUGAAUUUUUAAGUACUUUCAAGUAUCCUUGAUUUGCAGACUGCGCACGUGAAGAUGGCGACCAUAUUAGCGGGCGCGAAUGUUUAUAAGUGCCUCCAGAGAGUAAAGAAGUAUCUUGCUAAAGAAUGGUGUAUAUCUUUACAUUUACGAGCUCCUGUGAAACUCGCUGACAGGUGUUGCAGAACUUGCAUCAUUUCACCUGCCUAUUAUUUCCAAAUAAUGAUAAGAAUGUUUAUGCUACUUUUUAGGACUCAUCUUGGAACUUAACAUAGAACAGGAAGAAUACUUGGGACAAAUGAGUCCAGAGGCAGGAAUUAAACUUGAUAUCUCUCCUCAUGGUGAGAUGCCAUUUCCACUGGAAAGGGGCCUGAGUCUUGCUCCAGGAUACGCUACCAUGAUUGGAAUGAGGAAGGUAAAGGAAUUCAGCAGCCCGAUCGGCCAGCAAUGACAUUGGUAAACAAAGUCGGAAUGAAGGAUCUUUGCGGUUGGCAAUGAUCUCAAGGACAGCACACGCCCACGAAAAUGAAUUUGGGGAAACUAAGUACAUCGGUCUUAGCUUAGUUUUUUAAUGUUAUUUAAAACAUAAAUGAAAUAUCAAGUGAAGAAAUGAUCCUCACGUGUAAAGUGUAGUUCAAGCAAAUACAGAUAAGACGCCUGAAAAUUUUCAGAUCUCGAUAGGAUACGAACCCGAGGGCAUUCCAACCAACUGAGCAACGAAGCCGCACGUUAAGAGUGAGGCAUGAUAGUUCGUUUUUCGUUUCCGAUAAGAGACCUGAUUACAAUUAAAAUCAGUGAAAUUUACCCAACUAAAAUUGUGUAAAAAAAUUAUUCUGUUAUUAAUAGGAGGUGAUAAAGAGAGAGGAUCCAUUUCAGAGCAAGCGAUGUUUGAAGGAGGUCACCAAAGAUGAUACAAACUUGUAUACAAAGCAUUUUGGAGCAGUAUACUCUUCAACGGUACAUUGCUGUUGUCUACGUUAUUAUAUUGUCGCUAUAUGUCUGUCGUUCUUUCGUUUAAGCACCAAAAUCCUCUAAUCCUAUUCGUUGUCUUAAAAUUCAUCCCAGGCAUGUAGAAAAUCCUGCUUGGCGUACAAUCAGCUCAGAAAGUGUCGAUGUAUGCAAUACCAAUUUCCAGGAAGUUCCAAGUAUGGUAUCUGUAGCGUCACCGACAAACCAACACGUAAGACUUCACACAAAUUUUUUAAGUUAUAUUGUUGUUUGGUAGCUUUUCCAAAUACCUCUUAUUAACUUCAAAAAAAAUUUUGUCCUUUGUCCAAAGUCAAAUGUCUCAGCAACGUCCAGAAGAUGUUUAAAGAGAACAACUUGAAUUGUACUACAUCCUGUCCGCCACCUUGCAGGUAAAGACAACUAAAAUUACAAGAAAUGUCCAAAGCAAGUCAUAAAAUUCAGGAAAUUUUACAUUUUUAGGAGUUACAAUUUUCUUUUGGGACAAAUUACUAAGCAAAAUUAUUGAUUACAACUACAACGUAAAAGGCAAGUUGAAAACAAAAAAUUUAACGCAAUUAGCGUUUCUGACACUCUUGGAAAAAGAAUGCUAUAGAUUGCGCUUCUCGAUCGUCUUGUGUCCCAUUUUUUUGCACUGGACUGAGAGAGAAGGAGGAGGUGCCUCCCCUCUCCAUUCUUCCUCCUUUCUCUGAGAACACUAUCAACAGUAAAAAUACCGUCAUCUUAACAUUUCCCAUUGUUGAGUUUGACGAUGUACUCUUCUUAGAUGUUUCGCCCGCCUAAUACCUUGGCUGCCCGAUAAAAGAAACACAGCGAAAGUUGUGUUUAUAACGUAUAGAACUUAAAACUGUUGAUGUAAAUAUCCUGAUACUCUGAUCUUCAAUUAUUUUUCAGAGAAGAAGGUUACAAAAUGAGUUCUUCGUUUGCUCUUUGGCCAUCGGAGAAGUAUGAGGUACAGCUUAUGUUUACUGAUCAUUUUUUGGAUGAUAUUAACAAUAAUAACGUUCUUCAGGCCUUAAUAAGUUUGCUCUGAUCCACUUAUAGCCAAUUUACGAGAAGGCUCUGCAGAAGGAAUAUAAAAUUUUGUUCACCAAGAGAGGAUCAUCUCACAGGUAAAUAAUAUUCAUAUCAAACGAUAACUGAAGCUCCUCCAGGAUAGCCACUUUAAGGAAGUAACUGUUGAGAUAGGGGGUUCUUUACAGAAUGAUUUAAACGUAUUUAAUAAUCUUAAAAUCCAGUCAAAAUUUAUUUAUUUUGAUGAGUUCUAAAAUAGUUGUAGUCUUUUUUAACUUUUCUUUUCAAUCAAACAGAAAAAAUGUUUGCAAGUUACAAGUCUUCUACGAAGAACUCAACUUGGAAGUGAUAACGGAACGGCGGUCGUAUGAGGUAUGUAUGUUAAUGAAUUAGACGAAAUAAGGAAUUCUUACUUCUGACAGCAGUCGUCAAAGGCAGUCAUAUGGUAAUCUUAAUAAAACAUGCCAGUCUUAUUUUUUUAACGUUGAGAUUGACGAACCUGGAAAAUUGAUAACGAGUGUUUCUGUCCUUUAACAGAUUGAAGAUUUUGUAUCAGACAUUGGCGGUCAGUUGGGUCUGUGGAUUGGUUUCUCCGUGCUGACUGCAGCUGAGUUCUUAGAGCUGUUCAUGCUCAUAUUUCACGCAGUCUUCAAGAGCUGCGGGGCCAAGAAGACGCAAAAGUCAAACCACAUCCAUCAGGAUAUCGUGGCCUAA